AUGAACAGAAAAAAUCAGAAAAGCAUCAAUGAUAUCUACGAAAACGAUACAGAAGGUACAUUUGGAAAAAGGACCACAGACGGUCACUCAAAGAAGAUCCAGACGUCUGAACCCACAGGUGGAUGGCAGUGCCAUCAAUCCAGUCUUUACUUCUUCUCCUCUGAGAAGAAGAACUGGACUGAGAGCAGAAGAUACUGUACAGACAGAGGAACAGAUCUGAUCAUCAUAAACAUCAGAGAGGAACAAAGUAUUUCAGAAGAAAAAGACACAAGGUGCUCCUGGUCUGGAGAGUCACCAACAGAGACUUACCACCGGCUAAAGAAUCUGUACAAGCGUUGGGUGCGACCAGAGGAGCACUCUAAAGAGGAAAACAGCGAGGCCAUCGUUCUGGAGCAACUUCUUCGGGUGCUUCCCUCCGACAUACACACCUGGGUGAGAGAGCAUGAGCCAAGGUCAGGACUGGCGGCAGCAAGGUUGGCUCAGCAGUACUUGAAUGCUCAUGGCGGUCCUCGUACUCAACCAUUUAAAGAGUCAGUGUUGAAGAUCAAACUGUUCAGAUUCAUCAUGAAUGAAAGACAAACAUCUGGAGAUGAAGAGUAUUUUCCAGCCUGCAGUUCAGUUCAUCAGAAGAGAUCAGAAGCAGAGCCCAGCUGUGUGUCUAUGAAGAGUGACUGGUCUAUGAAUGAGCCAAUAAGAUUUAAGAGUGAAGAUUCACAGCCUGGACUCAGUUCAGUUCAUCAGAAGAGAUCAGAAGCAGAGUCCAGCUGUGUGUCUAUGAAGAGAGAGACAUCUGUGAUUCAGUCUUUAGAUUUUAAGAGAAGAGUCCUCGACACACUUAGAUCAAAUCUGCUGAAGAAGUUUGAGUGUCUGUGUGAGGGAACAGCGAUGCAGAGAAACCCAACACUGCUGAAUGAGAUCUACACAGAGCUCUACAUCACAGAGAGUGAGAGAGGAGAGAUCAAUAAUGAGCAUGAGGUGAGACAGAUUGAGACACAGAACUUUACCUGUACAAAGACAAAGACAUCAGAACUGUGCUGACAAAGGAGUCG